AUGUCGACAACCAAUACGAACGAAUCUGCUGCUGAUGGAUCAUCUUCUAAUAGUAAUGGUGGUAGCAAUAAUCAUGGUUUGUCAAUAAGACAUGUUGAUUCCACAUUUAAAAGUAACACCGUUCCAAUCCAUCGUUCAUCUACUAGUAGAUUAGGAUCAAUCACUAAUAGUACAACAACUAAUCACAAUGUUUCAUCUGCAUCACCAUCACCAUCAAGACCAAUUUCCAUUCCAUCAAAUCCUAGUGAUAUCUUUCUCUUUAAAGGGUUUUUACCUCUCGAUAAAAAUUCCUUUCCAUCACACUAUAUGUUUAAUUGUAAUACAUUGGAAGGGAUUGGCUUUCUUCCCGAUCAAAUGUUUCAAUUAUUUGCACAAAUUUUAGCCUAUGAAUAUAUAAGAAAAGGACAAACCAUUCCUAAUAGUGUUAUGUGUGGUUUAACAUAUUUUCAAGAAAUUUGUACUCUAAGAAAAAGAAGAAUUAUUCCAAAUGAAAUUUUACCAAGAGAACGACAAAUUACAACAACUAUGGGAGCUCCACUUCACACUAUUGGAUCAACCAAUAAUUUGACCUUUAUUCAACACGUAUCGAGUUCUAAACAUCCUGGAGUUGUUUCUGCUAAACCAAUUAGUGAAUCUCCUGUAAAUUCCAAUGUUUCUACUAGUAAUAUUCCACCUCCUCAACCACAAGAAAAGACCUCUUCAUCAUCAUCAACAACAUCCCAAACACCAGCAAGUACUGCAUCAAAUAAUCCACCAAUAGAAAGUAAUGCUGGUCAAUCUGAAAAAUCCUCAACUACCACCACUGAAACCAAUCUUGUAAAUUCAACCACACCUCCACCAAACAAUGACGAAAACUCAAAUUCCAACCUUGUAACAAUCGAUCGAGCACAACAAUUAACAUAUAGAGUUGUUAAGCCACAACCAAAUUUAUUGGAGACUAAUUUAACACUUAUUGGAUUGGAGGCGUGUUCGUAUUUAUGUGACUCUUUCCCUGAAGGAAAUGCAAAAUUUAAAGAAUUACUUGUCACACCAAUAGUUAAUCCUCAUCUCCCAAUUACAAAUUCUUCCAAUAAUACUAGUAGUAGUGAUACAACAAGCUCUUCAUCAACAAUAUCUGAGAAACAACCAGAGAAAGCCAAAGAAAACUCUCCUAAAAUUCAAAAACCAAUUGAGGUAAUAACAGUCGAUGAUGAAACACCUAAAAAACCUCUUCCAACCACUAAGAAAACCAAUAAUAUCACUACUACAAAUGUUACAAGACCAUCUAGAUCCAAAAUUAUUACAACCCCAAUCAGGCAAUUAGAGCUUUCCUCCUCAGAUGAAGAAUCUCCAGAAGUUGUGGCAGAAGAAAACAAAAAGAGGAAAAGGAAAACAAUAACCACUAAAAGAAAGAAAAAGGAAAAGAAAACUAAGAAGAAUCACCUAGGUAAUGAUAUUUAUACUGUUGAAAAAGUAUUGCGUAAGAAAAUAAGAGAAUCCUCUGAGCCUGAAUAUCUAGUCAAAUGGCAAGGAUAUGGCGAAGAAGAUAACUCGUGGGUAAAAGAGUCAGAUAUGUUGGAUAAAGCUCUUAUCCAGAAUUUUCGAGGAACAGUCGAAUAUGAAAAGAAAUCCAAAUAA